UUGAUGUGAAAUUUAUUGACCCAUGCCAAUGUAUUUGAACACCAAUGUCCCUCCCACCCAUUUAGUUUUGCAAUCUUCGCUCUGGUUUCCUGGCCUUGAAGGGAUGGGUACUGGUGAGAGCAAUUCACUGGUUCAAGAGGAUAUGGAGAAAGCCCCAGUUUCAAAUUCGAGGGGCACCACUAGGUCAUGGGGAACAUUUUCCAGUGGUCAUGGCCAAUCUCUUUCGACAAGUGAAAGUGCCGGUUCUCCAUCUAAUCGAAGUGAACCAGCAAUAGCCACUCCUGCAACUGAAAGCACAUUUAUGAGAUUAAACCAUCUGGAUAUUCAAGGAGAGGAUGUUGCGUCUCCUGGGCCUUUAGGUGGGAAGAAGAAAAAAAGAGGUGCAAGAGCAGUGGGCCCAGAUAAAACCGGCAGGGGCCUUCGCCAGUUCAGCAUGAGAGUCUGUGAGAAGGUAGAGAGCAAAGGCAGAACCACAUACAAUGAGGUUGCUGAUGAACUUGUGGCUGAAUUUACUAACCUUGGUGGUAGUCUUGCAACUCCAGACCAGCAACAGUAUGAUGAGAAAAAUAUUCGGAGGAGGGUGUAUGAUGCCCUAAAUGUUCUCAUGGCAAUGGAUAUUAUAUCAAAGGAUAAGAAAGAGAUACAGUGGAAGGGUUUGCCCCGUACUACCCUGAAUGACAUUGAAGAGCUGAAGUCAGAACGCAUUGCGCUACGAAGCAGGAUAGAAAGGAAAGGUGCUUAUUUGCAGGAGCUCGAGGAACAAAUCGUAGGUCUUCAAAACUUGGUUCGUCGGAAUCUGCAGUUAUAUGAAUCAGGAAACGCUCCUUCAAGUGGAGUGGCUUUACCAUUCAUCUUGGUUCAGACUCGACCACAUGCAACUGUUGAGGUUGAAAUUUCAGAAGACAUGCAGUUUGUGCACUUUGACUUUAACAGUACGCCUUUUGAGCUUCACGACGAUGCAUAUGUUCUCAAGGCAAUGAGAUUUUGUGAGGGAGGACAACAACAACAACAUGGGAAUGCCUCGGUCUCCCAAGAAAGUGUUAGGGUUUCUGAGGGGGCUGAAAGUUCGAGCAUGCUUCAUCAUGGCUUCACGCACCACCAUCAUUCCAUGCCCCAAACUUCAAGUUAUGGUAGGCCAUCGACAUCACAUCCCGUCCCUGGAAUCCUGAAAGGGCGUGUUAAGCAUGAACAUAAUAGUAGUAAUAAUAACGUGUAAUGCAUCCUUGUUCUGGUCCUUGUAAUCUCUAAUGUGGGCUAUCUUCCGCUCAUUUUUGUACAGUGUGUGUAAUAGUCUUUGCUGCAAUUUAAUCCAGGGAAGUUUCCGUA